GAAAAGGAAACUCUCUCUCUAUCUCUCUACACGCCUCUCUAUAAAUUAACCGAGAAGCUGCUAUUGAAUCGCAAAAUCCACUCUGAGAAAAUUAGGUUAUCUUCCUAAUUUCCUCCGAAACCAGCAGGAAUCGAUUCCGAUCAAUGACGAAAAGAUUAUUCACGAUGCUCGAAUGUCAAUCCUUGCUGGAGAAUUUAUCGCCGUUCGUGGAUAUCAAACGCCCGAAACGCUGGUCUGACGCAGCAUCAGCAGCAGCGACCGAAAGCACCACUAUGUGUUUAAUUUCAAACGCUUUUAUCGGAUUCCCAGAAUUGCCCGAAGAGCCAAAUAAUAGCGAUUCGGAUCGGAGCGUUUUGUGCAGACUCUGCGUUCGAUUACCCGACGGGAGAAGAGUUCAGAGAAGUUUCCUCAAAUCGGAAUCGGUUCAGCUUCUCUGGUCGUUUUGCUAUUCCCAGAUUGAUCAAUCGGAGAGGAUCAAGCCUUUCAAGCUGAUUCAAGCGUUUCCUGGUGAAUACAAGACUCUUUGUUACGGAUCUAACACCACUUUCGAACAAUCUGGGCUCGCGAACUCGUUGAUCUCGGUGACUUGGGCGUGAAGGUCUUUGUAGAUUUUGGAUCUGUAAAUUAUAACUUUGUAGUGAUUCUACUAUUAUCUCUUU